UUUCUUUGGACAAAGCCCCAUUUGCUGACCUUUCUGCACAUUCAUCUUCACAUAAACAGCGCGGAUCCCCAACAUCAUUAAACACACAAGAAAAUGUCCAUCUUUCUUCUUGCUGCAACUUUCUCCCUGCAAUUGAUAGAGCAAACUGCAACUUUCUUCUUGCUCAAUCCCUUUGUUUUAACCAUCUUGGCCUUCAUCUUAAUAUUCCUAUUCAAAUGGUCCUCUACCUUUUCGACCACCAAAACAAACACACCACCUUCACCACCAAAGCUCCCUAUCGUCGGGAACUUCCACCAACUCGGCGCGCAGCCUCACCGUUCACUCGGGUCCUUAGCUCAACGCCAUGGCCCCCUCAUGCUGCUUCACUUUGGCAGCGUACCAACACUUGUUGCCUCGUCUGCUGAUGCUGCCCGCGAGAUCAUGAAGACCCAUGACCUCAUCUUUGCCAACCGCCCCAAAUCAAGCAUGUUCGAGAAACUACUAUACAAUUACAAAGAUGUGUCAACGGCCCCCUAUGGCGAGUACUGGAGGCAAAUGAAAAGCAUGUCAGUGCUACAUCUUUUGAGUAACAAAAGGGUUGAGUCCUUUCGAGCUGUGAGAGAGGAGGAAACUUUUCUAUUGAUUGAGAAAAUCAAAAAGUCUUGUUCUUCAGCAUAUGUGAAUUUAAGCCAAGUGCUUGAAAACCUUACUAAUGAUGUAGUAUGUAGGGUGGCUUUGGGAAGGAAGUAUGGCGUUGGGGAAGGUGGAAGAAAGUUUAAGGAGCUUUUGGGUGAGUUCGUGGAGUUGUUGGGUGCUCUAAGCGUGGGGGAUUAUAUUCCAUGGCUUGCUUGGGUGAGCCGUGUGAAUGGCUUGGAUGCUAGAGCGGAGAAAGUGGCUAAACAGUAUGAUGAUUUUCUAGAAGGAGUAAUUGAAGAGCACAUAGAUUGUCAGAAGAGAGGACUAGAAAAUGAACACCAAAAGGAUUUUGUGGACGUUUUGCUUCAAAUCCAAAAGGAAAGCGUGAUUGGUUUUCCUAUUGACAGAGUUAGCGUCAAAGCUCUAAUCCUGGUAAGCAAACCUCUCUCUCUUUCUCUCCCUGCAUGUGUGGGUGUGUACACUCGCACCAUACGUGAUAUAAUUGAUGAAUGCAUUUCUUCUUAA